AUUGAUGAAGCUUGAAAGACUGAAAGGACAGUGAAGUGAAGCAGUAAAGAGAGAUUAAUUAAAUCGGUUAAUUACAAAAAAAUAAUAAUAUAAUAGGUUGUGGCAGAAAAAGAUAAUGCAGAUAAGAAUGACUGCAUUUAGAAAAUCUAAGCCACCUGGACCAACCUGGGCCGACCCGCCUGCCUACCUCUCUCUCAUUAUCUUCUCCAUACAUUUCCACUCUCUCUCAACUGUAUUUAUAAAAACCCUCCAACUCCAAACCACUCUAAACCCAAACCCCACACCAAAAAAAAAAAAAAAAAAAAAAACCAAUCUUUUCUCUCUCACUUGGUUCUCUCCAGCACCGAAUUCUCAAAAACGACAUUAGACAGCUCGUCGUAUGACCAGUCAUGCCUCGCUCUCAGAGAUUUCUAGGCAGUAGCGCCGCCACCAACUCGUCAACUUUCCCUGCGGCGCCGCCUCCUGAGGCCGUGGUUCUGGAGUCAGACUUCGUCGUCAUACUUGCGGCUUUGCUUUGCGCCGUCAUAUGCGUGAUCGGUCUCCUAGCCGUGGCGCGCUGCGCCUGGCUCCGGCGCGGCUCCGGAGCCGGCGGAGCCAGCCUCAGCUCGGCUCAAGCCUCCGCCAACAAAGGCGUCAAGAAGAAGGUACUCCAGUCGCUCCCCAAGUUCACAUACGGCAUCGGCGGCGCCGAGCCGCCGCCCAAGCUGGCUUCGGAGUGCGCCAUCUGCUUGGGGGAGUUCGCGGAGGGAGAUGAGAUCAGGGUUUUGCCGCAGUGCGGCCACGUCUUCCACGUUGGAUGCGUGGACAUGUGGCUUGGGUCCCACUCGUCGUGCCCGUCGUGCCGGCAGAUCCUGGUGGUGGCUCGCUGCCAGAAGUGCGGCCAGUUCCCGGCUCCCAUUUCUGAAGCCGAGCUCAAGGCGCGCCAAGACCAUAGCAGCAGCAACAGUCCGGCUCCUCCUCCUCCUCCUCCUCCUCCUGCAGCCAAUGCAAUUAGUUCUUCUUCUAAUACAACAACUACCACUGCUGUUAAUAGUAAUAGUUAUCUCCCUUAAUCACUCUUAAGUAGCCAAACCCACGUUUUAUUAUUUCUUUAAUUAACUACCCUUUUCCUCAAUUUGUAUUUCCUUCCACUCCUUUGUGUAUAGCGAAAUUGAAUGGAUCAUCUUCAUCUUCUUUGUUCAU